AUGGGUGCUCCAGGCAGUCGUCAAUUACCCCUGGAACCCCAGUUGAGUCGUGGACAGAUGCGCACCACUUGGAAACUAUUCCGCAUCUUCGUCAAUGCAAUGGAGGAGCUCGGUUUUAGUGACAGAUGGAUGCUCUAUGGUGGCAGUCUGCUUGGAUCUCUCCGUCAUCAUGACAUCAUCCCCUGGGACGAUGACCUUGAUGUCCUCGUCGACAGGGAGGUCAGAUCAGCGCUGUGGGAGAAGAUUAGCACGCUUGGGCCGGAGAUCAUCAUCCAGGAGGGUGGACAGAGGGAUAAGAUUUACGCAAAAUUAAUUGAGCCCAACAAUACCCUGCUGGAUGUUGACGGAAGUCGCAAAUUGAGUGGGUUUGAUUGGGCCUGGCCCUUCGUGGACAUCGGUUAUUACAGGUCUAACGUCACCCACAUCAGCGAACUUGCACCCGCAUAUGGGCGUCACUACAUCUACGCAAAGUCGGAUGUUUUUCCGCUGCUAUUCAGACCAUUUUACAAGAACUGGGUUCCAGCGCCAAGAAACGCCCUUCUUUUUACACAGCAAACCUAUCCUGGAAGCGUCAAUUGCAGCGCUCUAGCUUAUUCUCAUCCCUUUGAGACCGAUCUAGAAAGCAGGACAGUACCAUGCAUUGAAAUGGCGGACAGGUAUGCCUUUGUGCAGCGAAGCCCUCUCCUCAGACCUGUCCAGGACGAGGACGAUAGUCCGGAGGAGUUAACUUGGGUGCGAGAGCGGUUAGUUCUCGGUGGCAAGGUCAUCCACGAAAUCCAUCUGGUUGCACCUCGAGGAGAAGCCCAAGUUGACACCUACGUGCUACGUGCGAGACCCCAGCCCUGAUCUCGAGUGCUAUAGGACAGUUCACCUGACUUCAAACCAGCGUCACCCUAUGUAUUAUCUAUUCCCACUCUAAAGUAGGACCCUUAACUCGCAUUUUCUAAAGGACGCGCCUUAUAUUUGUCUGUGCAGUAUAGAUUAUAAGUGCUGGCUACACCUUUCAGCGACAUUUAACAGCAUACGGCUGCACAAAUUUGCAAAUUUGAACUUUCGAGGUGGACCUGGAUUUCAUAGGCGAACUCUUAAACUGUUACUGACAGAACAUAGAAAAGUUCGGUGCGCGAUCCUGAAGCUUGGACUUCUGUCUGAAAAUUUGCCCUGCAUACAUCAACUGCUUCACUUAUUUGCUUUCAUCCACUUUUUUCUCCUUUUCAGUCAAACAAUUACGUUUUACGAAUCAUUUAAAAUCAUGACACUGUAUAAUGUUCCUUUGACGUUUAACCGUAUUUCGGACUUUUUGUUGUUCAGUGUAAAUUAUUUACUACAACAACCGUGGGAACAACAUAGAAGCCACAAUUUUUCCUCUACUAACAAUCGACUGUGGGCUGUGGGUUGAACGAAGUCACUGUUAAAUGAAAAUCUCUUGGAAUAAACGAAUGUAGAGAAUGUGUGUCUUUUUAAUUCCUUCUGUUAAAUCGUUCUAAUCAUUUUUAUCUUCUGCCAAUAACCUACGUCCAUGUCGCCUAAGUGACCAGCACAGGAUUGGCGGAUAGAAAGCGUGAGGGACAGGGCUUGUCAAGCCUGCAUGCAUACAGCCGUUCUACUGAAGGGGACUCAGUGUCUUCGAAGGGGGCUGAAAUAGGAAACAAUCGAGAUCAUUGCGUUUAUGAAUAGCUAUAUACGCCUACGCUAGCUUGUCUCGCCCGAACGCAAAGCUUGAUACUCGAAUUAGCGGUCCUGGACUCACCCCUGGGGGUCACUCCAGAUCCGUCUGGCCUGCAAUUAUGGAGGCGCUCAAUCGCACCACAAAACCAUGAAAUGCAAAUCCAACCAUGUAUUUGGGUUUCAGAGCAAACGCCACAUGCUCCAAUUUGUCCUCUGCCCUCAUGUGGAGCUCGGCGGCUUUCGAUGGUGGCUUCAGCGUUCCCAAUUGACGCUUUUUGCCAAAAGACCAAUGAAAUUGUUAAAGCGCGAGUGCAUCGAUAUUGUUGGCUGAAUGUAAUUGGACGUGAAGAACGAACGAGUUUUAAUAGGGGUGGUUUGUGUGUAUCACGCAGCCGAGUGCAUCAUUCGGUACGUUUGUAAAUAUUACCAGUGGAGGAGAAGGCCUUGAGGACGUCGGCUGGUUUACGGAGGGAGAACUAGCGUUUGGACUGGCCUUAACACACUAACUGCCGUCACCCCACGCCAGUGGUGCUAGCGUAAGUUUAGCCACACCAUUUCUGGGACAAAUCUCAUGGAGUCGAAGUGGGCAUUCUAACAGGUUGUUGAAUGAUCAGUUUAUGAACAGAUCUGUGCGUGUAUGCAAAAAGGGCAGAGUUCAGCUUACUGCUAUUAUCAUUUUUGUGCUGCGCAUUUAGAAGUCACUUUUUAAAAAUGCAUACAACUACGAGGAAAUGUACGAUAUUUGGAUCCAUCAAGUGCAAUUAAGCUCUCCUGCGAAGAAAAAUUGAUGAACACGCAAGAAACUGUUGUGAGGAUUAUGUCCAACCUUUGCGCAUUGUAUGCUGUUGGUAUCUGUGAGCAUAGCUGCUAGCAUCCAAUUGGUGUUUAGCAGUUUUCAAUGAAAUGGUCACACGUCAAACGAUCCGUGCGUGGGACGGGAUCAGAAGGGGAUCUUUUUAUGCCAUGAAAGGAUUUAUCGGAAAUCCGCGUCCUCCGCCGAUCUUUUGAUAUGGGAAUUCUCAACACUUUUGAGUGAAGACCCAAAUCGCACAGAUUGUCUCCCCUUAGUCUCGAUCGGUUACUACUCAGCUAGACACCUCUUUGACCGAAAAGUUUCGCAACACACAGUCUGCAUCAUGUCAGCCUGUUCCGGAAGUGGACUUCAUCUGAACCGUUCAGACUCCCUCCCCCACGGCAUUGCAACAACAUCCAAUCCGAAUUGGCUGACAAGUUGUAUGCUUCUAACUGAUGACUGUCCUCAUACCUGAGUUUAAAACAUGCGGUGCAUGUUUGACUAUUACGUCACGUCCAUGACAAACCUCCCAGAAGUCGGUAUUCGUGGAUCUGACCGAGAGUUUGACUGUCGGUUCCGACGAUGUCCACCUUUGUGCUUCACAGCAAGGCGGAGCAGGGACGGUGACCUAUGCCGGUGUCAAGACAGAGUCCAGAAGACUGGAGGCGUGGGAGAAAGCAAGCGUCUGGCAUGGCCGGAGCGGCAUCUAGGCGUGCAACCAAUCCCCUUGUCCACACGCAAAAAUGAUCAGGGCUUUUCGGCAGCAACAGCCACACCCACCACAGAGGUCCAGAGCGAUGAGAAUGACCGGGCAGCCAUACCUAGCGCAGGCGCAUCCACCGACGGGGAACCAGGUAUCAGAGAACUGCCAGCGCAUACCAGGCUAAAAUGGCCAGUUCGUGGAUCUAAAGCAGGCGGCACAAGAGUUAUCGUAACGCUUUGGCGGGGAAAGGGCGCAUUUUCUCGCAAAAUACCCAAACAACACCUAGAACGAGUUUAGUAAGCCUUAAGCUUUUAGCUCGCCUGGGUGAACGCGAAUUAUUUGCACCAAGAUGGUGUUUGGUUUUUGUGAUAAACUCAUAAGCAUGUCGGCAAUUGUGACCUGGAGAAGUGGCCUUACUGACUUUCAACAGAUUUCAAACAGGACUUGAUCAUUUAACUGAUCUUUAUUCGCAGUGUGACCGUCAUCAACUCUGAAGUUAAACGGAAGUUGGUGCUGUGUCUUGCAGUCGAGUCAGAUCUGAGAAGACGGCUUUACAGUGACUUGAUUUUUUAUCGAUCUUGCCUACUGAAUGUGUCGACCAACAUGUACUGGGUCCUAAGAACAGAUCCUGAUUGACUGACGAUGGUAAGUGAACCAGAAGAGACAAUUUCGGACUGUGCUGGUCUUGCCGAUAACGCAGGUCUAGGAUUCCGGUCUCAAAUUUCACUUGCGUUUGUCAUUUCCGAGCCAAAUACCACGAGGGACGCAUUUAUAUUUGUCCCUUUGUGUGCAUUUUCAACUCUCAGCAUUGUGUACAGAGAAGUCGUAAAUUAAGAAGAAUCACAGUUAGAGUACACCCGGUGCUAGGCUGAGUAUCGUUUUGGUAGAAUCUAUUCUCUCUCCUGCUCUCCUAAGCCUGCACACAUUACACAUUUUCGUAACUGGCCUGUUAUUUGUUCCUAGUUAUUAA